GACCUGUUUAUGCUUGGAAAUUGGGGCUUGAUCCUGUUUCAAAUGUGAGUCCCGGAGACUGGAGACUCCACAGGCCUGAAUUUCAGGUCUCGGGACAGUUCAGGAAGUUUGCCUGGCACGUGCUCACGCCGUAAGUGCUGUGCAGGAUCACAGAGGGGUCACAGACCCCCACUGCAGCUGUCAGGGUUAGCGUCACAGCCACCCAACACGCCAGCUGGGAAGACUCGGCAGGACACAGAAGCAUCUCUAAAUGUCAGUUUAUCCCUCAGAACGCUGGGGCUAAUAAGAGAGCUUUCUUACAAAGUCUGUUGUGGGGAUUAAAGGAAUAUAUAAAAGAUGGCUAAUGCAUACAACACGUGUUUCAGAGGACAGGGUCCUCCUCUCGGACAAUUGCCACAGUGAUGUCCACCUUCUCUGAACCUAACUGGGCGUGUCCCAAAGGGCUCAGUCGGUCCUGCAGGCUGCAAGUUCAGGACCCCUCCGGCUCCUCUGGCAUUAAGGGAUCAGAAGUUCUCUAUUGGUCCCAAAACACCCAAGGAGGCUGGGUUGCGUCGUCUGCACAGUAUAAGGGAAUUCUUGGGGAGGUUUUCUCUGGAUAGAAGGAGGGGCCCAAGGGUCUCCAGGGGCCACAGACGCCAGGAACAACUGUCUCACCAUCAGGCAGGCGACAGCAUUCCCUGGGCACUGAUGCGCAGAGUUCUGCAGGAGAGAGGAGCCUGUGGAGGCGGACGGCUCUGAAGCCAGGGGCCCUGUGAGCUCCCUGCUCUGGACUUUGCUCCCCUGCCCUGCCCUGCACCCACGAAAACCAUAUGUCUGCUUGCUCUCUGAUCACCGAACUCUCCCUUCCCUUGAGUCACUGUUUAUCUUGUCAGCCACACAAAAGCUGACCCCACCCCCCCACACACACUCAGAAAACCUGCCAACUGUAUAUAUAGUUCCAUCCCACCCAGAGACUUAUUUUGUUUGGCCUUGACAGGUUUCAACUGUUCAGAGCCAGUUGUAAAAACAGGCAGAUUACAGCCACAAAUCUGAGUUUCUACUUCUCCUCAAAAGAGAAUAAAAGGCGAAACAAACACUCAGACCUUUCCACUGACGGAGUCUGACCUUCCUUGGCUGUUCUCCUUGGACGGGCGGCUCUGCAGGCUGCCUGCGCUCUCAGCAUUGUGAAGAGGGGCUGUGGGCUUGGCUUGCCAGGCAACCUCUUUUUUUUCAUCCAGAAGAUUACUGGGCUGGCCACUUACCCCCUAGGACUGGGCUGGUUCACAGGUCCUUGCAGUAAGCUUCGACACCAAAAAAAAACAGGAGGGCAGAGCCACUCCAGGAGCCCCCAGGAGGUCUGCCAAAGAGUCUGUGUGCUGGUCCUGAAGCCAGGCUGGUCAGGGGCACAGCCAGGUGGUCAGAGAGACCUGAGGGGACCCUGUGGCCGACACUCAGCAUCCACCCACACCAGCCUCGGUCCCGAGUCCUCCGCGGUGCCCUGGCCCGAGCAGAGAGCUCUGAGCACGCUCUGUUCUUUACCCUCCGCACCCGAGGCAGAGGUCAGCAGACUGUGAACCAGGAAGAAGAAGCAUUCCAAGUCUUUUGAAUUAAAGCUGAGACUCCAUCUACAUUGAACUUCCAAAGAAAGGAACCAUGAACAUUGAAGCAUAUUUUGAAAGAAUUGGUUAUAAGAACUCGAGGGACAAACUGGACUUGGAAACAUUAGCUGAUAUUCUUCAGCAUCAGGUUCAAGCCAUUCCCUUUGAGAACCUUAACAUCCACUGUGGGGAAGCCAUGGAAUUGGACUUAGAGGCCAUUUUUGAUCAAAUUGUCAGGAGGAACCGGGGUGGGUGGUGUCUCCAAGUCAACCACCUUCUGUACUGGGCUCUGACCACGAUUGGUUUUGAGACCACCAUGUUGGGAGGAUAUGUUUACAACACGUUCGCCGACAAAUACAGCAAUGCCAUGAUUCACCUUCUGCUGAAGGUGACCAUCGAUGGCAGGGACUACAUAGCUGAUGCUGGAUUUGGACGCUCUUACCAGAUGUGGCAGCCUCUAGAGUUAAUUUCUGGGAAGUACCAGCCCCAGAUGCCUUGCAUCUUCCGCUUGACUGAAGAGAGAGGAACCUGGUACUUGGACCAAAUUAGAAGAGAGCAGUACAUCCCAAACCAAGAGUUUCUGGAUUCUGACCUCUUGGAAAAGAACGAGUAUCGGAAAAUCUACUCUUUCACUCUUGAACCUCGAACGAUUAAAGACUUUGAGUCUGUGAAUACAUACCUCCAAGAGUCUCCAGCAUCUGUGUUUACGAGUAAGUCAUUUUGCUCCUUACAGACCCCAGAAGGUGUUCAUUGCUUAGUGGGUUUCACCCUCACCUACAGGAGAUUCAAUUAUAAGGACAAUACAGAUUUGGUAGAGUUUAAGACACUGAAUGAGAAAGAAAUAGAAGAAAAUCUAAAAAGCAUAUUUAAUAUUUCCUUGGAGAAAAAGCUUAUCCCCAAACAUGGUGAUAAAUCUUUUACCAUUUAGAGGAAGCAGUAAAAAUGGUCUCAUGAUUACUUCUGGUGCUAUAACUUUUUAAUCACAAAAAAUUAAAAUGUCCAUACAAGUUGUUUUUGUUAUUGUUUUUGUUUUGUCACUAAGUUGUGCCUGACUUUUGCGACCCCAUGGACUAUAGCCUGUCAGGCUCCUCUGCCCAUGGGAUUUCCGAGGCAAGAAUACUGGAAUAGGUUGCCAUUUCUUUCUCCAGGGGAUCUUCCUGGCCCAGGGAUCAAACCUGCUUCUCCUGCAUUACAGAUGGAUUCUUUAUCACUAAGCCUCCAGGGAAGCCUGUCUAUAAAAGUAGAAUGAAAUAAUAAAUCUCCAUUACUUAUCACUCAGUUUACCAACUAGGAACUAGAAGCCUAUCUAUCAUAUUUUCUCAACACUCCCACAUUUUACUGAAGAAAAACAUGGACAUCAGAUCAUUUCACCCUUUAAAAAUGUCAGCAUGUAUCAUUAGAUAAAAUUUUUUUAAAAAAUCUGAGAGUUGGACUAUAAAGAAAGUUGAGCACCAAAGAAAGAACUGAUGCCUUUGAACUGUGGUGUUGGAGAAGACUCUUGAGAGUCCCUUGGACUGCAAGGAGAUCCAACCAGUCCAUCCUAAAGGAAAUCAGUUCUGAAUAUUCAUUGGAAGGACUGAUGCUGAAGCUGAAUCUCCAAUACUUUGGCCACCUGAUGUGAAGAACUGAUUCAUUGGAAAAGACCCUGAUGCUGGGAAAGAUUGAAGGCGGGAGGAGAAGGGGACGACAGAGGAUGGGAUGGUUAGAUGGCAUCAUCAAUGUGAUAGAUAUGAGUUUGAGUAGGCUCCAGGACUUGGUGAUGGACAGGGAAGCCUGGCGUGCUGCAGUCUAUGGGGACUCAAAGAGUUGGACAGGACUGAGUGGCUGAACUGAACGGGGCCUUUUCCAGACUUAUAAUAGCAAAGGUUUAAAACGCUUUAAUGAUGGCCUAUGGUUUUCUUGAGGAAAAAGUGAUAUGUGUUAGAAAACUUCACAUGUUGGUUGAAUGUUGAAUUCAUAGACAUGUUUAACCAUCAUUCAGUAACUAGAAUUAGAGGAAUUAAUUUUUAUUAAAUUCUCCCAGCAUAUAUCCAAUGUCAAAUCUGAGCAGAAAUACCACAUGUAUAACGGGAUUAUAAUUCAACCAAGAAAAAUGAGAAAUGAUAUUGCUUCCAAAUAACCUAAUAGUUCUCAAGACAAAGCAUAAACCAACACUUGUCAACACAAGUACCGAGAGAUUGACACAGCCAGUAAUUUCUUACAGGGCUCUUUUUGCAACCACAGUUCUUCAUGUACCUUUUUUCUUUAAUUAAUUUCUUAAAAAAAUUUUUUUUCUUCAUGUAAGCUUUUUACAUGUACCUUUUUUUUUUUCUUAAUACCUUUUUUCAAACACUGAUAUUUGGAAUUUUCAAGUUUGGGAACUAGGUAUUUUUGUCUAGUACUAAAAGUUGAAACGUAUUACCUGUAAGAUCUAGAUGUUGAAAAAUAUGUUAAUUAAAAUGUUACUGGCCAAUACAA